GAAAAUGAAUGCAUUGUGUAAUUUGGAGAACAUGAGGUCAGAAGGACUCGAAACCCAGUAAACGUCAGUUUCAAUAUAAAAACGCUUUGCUUUUGUUGCUUUUUGUUGACUUUUAAUGCUUGCUCUUUGUAAAUCAGAAAACUUCGCUCUUCGUGUUUGUCGGCGCUUAAGUUAAAGGCUAAAGUCAAGUGAUCUGCGCACAUGGAGUUAACGAGUAAGCGAAUAGUUAAUCUUCUCCCGCCGUGCUAAAAAAUAAUAAAGCAAAAGUAAUAAAGUUGGAGAGCAAGCACCGCAGUGUGUCACCAGUGUAAAGACAGGAAAACUUCAAGGUUUUGUCGCUAUGGAUCUUAAGACGUUUUGCAGGAAGCUGUGGUGCGCGCGCCAGCAACUCAUCCUUAUUCUUGCUCCGCUUCUCCUGCUUCCUCUGAUCUACUUUGUGCCGCCAAAGGAGGGCAAGUGCCUGUAUGUGGUGUUGCUGAUGGCAGUGUACUGGUGUACUGAAGCUCUCCCAUUGGCUGUAACUGCAAUGCUUCCCGUGUGCCUCUUUCCCACCAUGGGAAUCUUACCUUCUAAGAUGGUCUGUCAGCAGUACUUUAUUGAGACUAACUUCCUGUUUCUCAGUGGCAUAGUGAUGGCAUCUGCAAUAGAGGAGUGGGGUCUCCAUCGGCGCAUAGCCCUCAGGGUAUUGAAGAUCGUAGGAGUGAAACCUGCCUUGUUGAUUUUAGGGAUGAUGAUUACUUCCUCUUUUCUGUCAAUGUGGUUGAGCAACACAGCUACAACAGCCAUGAUGCUGCCUAUUGCUAAUGCCAUCCUGGAAAGUCUGUUUGGUAAUCUGGAGAUUUUAAAAGAGAAGUGCAAGGUCAAGAGUGACCCCGAAGGUGAAGCUCAGGUGAAGAUGCAUGAACUGCCUUCUGAAAAACAGACACUGACAACAGGGGACAGGCCUGAUGUGACCGACAUAUCAGAUCAGAAGACUCAGGAAGAGGUCAGAAGAGAGGCGGAAUACCAAAUGAAAGUGUGGAAAGGAUUUCUUAUUUGUAUUCCCUAUGCUGCAAGCAUCGGAGGAACAGCCACCCUUACGGGCACUGCUCCAAAUCUGAUCCUGGUGGGACAGCUAAAGAGCUCCUUCCCUGAAUGUGACCUCAUAAACUUCGGCUCAUGGUUCAUCUUCGCCUUCCCCCUUAUGUUAAUCUUCCUCUUCGUGGGCUGGGUCUGGAUCGCUUUCCUCUAUGGGGGGCUCAAUACACGACUGUGCAUCAAUAAACACGACGAACGUGCGGCCGCAGAAGAAAAAGCCAGAGCCAUUAUUGAUGAAGAUUACAAAAAACUGGGCCCAAUAAGAUUUGCAGAAGGAUCCAUCGCUUUCUUCUUUGUCCUUUUUGCCAUUCUUCUGUUCAGCCGAGAUCCAAAGUUUGUAACAGGAUGGUCUGUUUUCUUUAAGAAAGGCUAUGUGUCUGACGCUGUUACUGGAGUAAUCAUUGUCUCUAUCCUCUUCUUCUUUCCAUCCCAGUGUCCAUCUCUCCGCUGGUGGUUUGAUGCGAGAGCCGCAAAUACUCCGUAUGUGCCCCUGUUGUCAUGGAGAAAGGCUCAGGAGUGUGUACCGUGGAAUAUUAUUUUGCUGCUGGGCGGUGGGUUCGCAAUGGCCAAAGCCUGCGAGGAGUCAGGAUUAGCAGUGUGGAUAGGAAGCCACUUAGAGCCUCUCGCUCAGGUCCCUCCUUCAGUUGCUGUCAUUCUCAUCACAGCCUUCAUCGCUUGCUUCACUGAGUUCGCCAGUAACACCGCCACCAUCAUCAUCUUCCUCCCUGUUAUUGCUGAACUGGCCAUUCGUCUGAAAGUCAAUCCACUGUACUUCAUGGUUCCAGCAACGGCGGGUUGCUCAUAUGCAUUUAUGCUUCCCGUUUCCACACCGCCCAACUCGAUCGCCUUUGCCUCUGGACACCUGCUUGUCAAGGAUAUGGUGAAAACUGGGUUUGUGAUGAACAUCCUGGGUAUUAUGUGUGUAGCUUUGGCUAUGAACACAUGGGGUCUUUAUAUGUUCAGUCUAGACACAUAUCCUGACUGGGCGAGACCUUUAAACACUACCUCAGUAACCGUGCUUCCACAUACUCUAUUAACUACAAAUUUGACACCAACUGUAUUAACUACAAAUAUGACCGGUUAGAGAACCAUACUAUGAUACAUAUAAUAAAGCUUAGGUUUUUAAAAACAGGUUUGAGGGCUAUAACACUGUAAACAUUCAUACAGAUGUUGUAUAUAUAGUGUAGAUAUCAGACUAAAACAAAUACAGAAGUUGCUAAACUGGGAAACUUCCCGCUAAGGAUGGUUCACAUGACUUCACUUCCUGUUCAGGAAAAGGAAAAAAUCUUGGAAAUAUUUCAAUUGUUUAUGUGUAAAGAUCAACCCUGAUUUUGUAUUUAAUUUUAACAUAUGUUUGUAGAUUGUACAUUUGUUUCACUGAUAUAAUUUAUAUUAAUAUUGUAAAUUUGUUGUAAAUGUAAUUGUUGUGAGUGUUCCAGUAUGAAUAAUUUUGGAAAAUAUCCCUGAUAAAUUGGUAUGAUCUUGUGUUUAUAAAUACUGAUUAAAACUGUGAUCUACCCGAACAUUUGCCUCUAACCAGAACUAGUUUAACUACUCAAACAAUAUUCGAUAAUCACAGAAAGACAAUUUAGUUUGAUAGUCAAUUGGGAUUUAAAAUGUAUGGAUGACCAAAAAAGACACUAAAAUGUACAAGUUUUAUGAAAACAAAAACAGUCAGCCCAACACAGAUAUUUCAUAACAAAAGUUGCUGAUGUUUGAUGAUUUUGUGCACACUUCCCAUUCUAAAACAUGAUUUUGAAUCCUUUUACGCUGUAUUUUCCUUAUAAGGCUCCCUAGAGUAAAAGAGCAGUUUAGUUUUUAUUUGUGGUGUCAUGUGGUGUAAGCAUGUGUUGUGAUGCAUGUACCAGCAGCACAGUGUUAUCUGUUUGGUUCUCAUGUUGGUCUUAUGAGUCAGUGUGCAUGUGUUCAGUACCAAGUACUCAGAGUCAUAGGAUUGUGUGUGUAUAAAUAGUGUGUACUCAGUGCCCAGGUCAAUAUGAAGCUGAAAAGUUUUGCUGUGAUGUUAAGAUAAUUCUGUAAACUUAUUCAAACCUCUUUGUAUUUAUUGACAACAUGAUGAUGACAUUAAGAAAUCGGUCUCUUUCUCUGGUCUUUCUCAGGUAUGUCAGUAUUUUCUAUAAUGAUAAUACGUGCCUCCAAACAAGUAACCAAUAUUAUUGUUAAACUAAUAAAAACCGCUGGGUUUUAAUUUAACCUAUGCUGAGUUGUUUCAACCCAAAAUGCUGGGUUGUUUUAAUUUAACCCAUUGUUGGGUCAAAUGUAAACAUUUUCUAGGUUAAUUUAACCUAACUGCUUUUUGACCCAAUGGUGGAUUGAAAAUAGCCAAGAAUUUUUUUUAAAGUGUAUAAUUUUCUGUUAUUACUAAAUGAUAUAGUAAUGUGUAAUGUGUUACACAAUACUCUAUCUAUCUAUCUAUCUAUCUAUCUAUCUAUCUAUCUAUCUAUCUAUCUAUCUAUCUAUCUAUCUAUCUAUCUAUCUAUCUAUCUAUCUAUCUAUCUAACAACUUUAUAUUUGUACUAUUAAUCUCUAUACUGUAAAGACAAUAAACAAAUAAAGGGGUAAUUGAGGGUUUGGAAUGUUUUUGGGGGCCUUACUCCUUUUGGGAAGCUCUUUUUAUAUCCUAAUGUACUGUUGUUUAAGGGAAAUUCCACU